UAAAUUUCGUCGAAUAAUGAUUGUGAAUUACAUGCCAAUUAUCCAAAAAAUAGUCAUGGUGAAAAUAUAAAUUCAAUGAUUGCUUUUACUGUUAAUUAAAAGUGAAAAUAAAAAAAAUCUGUAUUUCUUAUACUUUCAAUUCACAAAUGAGUUCCCAAUCACAAGAGAAUUUAAUUCAAUCAGAUCCAGAAGCGGCAACCAACAGUGAUGCACAUGCUAAUUCAUAUGAUUCGCUUCCAGAUGAGAAGGAUUAUGUGCUGACUGCCACCGAAAAGAAAUUUUUAUUAAGUGCCGAACGGGGUGAUUGCGCUGGAGUGCGUCGAUUAAUAGCUCAGCACAAAGAUAACCCGACUGAGCUAAAUGUUAAUUGUGUGGAUCCGCUAAAUCGUUCGGCAUUGAUUUCGGCAAUCGAAAAUGAGAAUAUCGAACUUAUUAAAAUCUUACUUCAAGAAAAUAUCAAAGUUAACGAUGCUCUAUUACAUGCAAUCAGCGAGCAAUAUGUCGAAGCAGUGGAAUUGCUCUUGCUACACGAAGAGACUCACCAUAAAGACGGAGAACCCUAUUCAUGGGAAUCGGUUGAUAGUUCAGCAUCAACUUUUACACCGGAUAUAACACCAUUAAUAUUGGCUGCCCACCGAAACAAUUAUGAAAUUCUAAAGUUACUGUUAGACAGAGGUGCCACACUGCCAGUACCACACGACGCACGAUGUGGUUGCGAUGAAUGUGUUACAUCAAGUUCAUCGGAUUCAUUGCGUCAUUCACAAUCGCGUAUUAACGCUUAUCGGGCAUUGUCAUCCAGUUCACUAAUAGCUUUAAGCUCUUCCGAUCCAAUACUUACUGCCUUUGAAUUAUCAUGGGAGCUUCGACGUUUAAGUCGAAUGGAAACCGAAUUUCGCACCGAAUACAAUGAAAUGCGUCAAGCGGUUCAAGAUUUUGCAAAAUCUUUGCUUGACCAUUCGCGUACAUCACAAGAAUUGGAAAUCAUGCUAAACUUCAAUUCAAUACCAGGCGCAGAUGUCUGGGAACCAGGCGACCAUCAAUCGCUAGAUCGAUUAAAAUUAGCUAUCAAUUACAAACAAAAACAAUUUGUAGCACAUCCAUCGGUGCAGCAAUUGCUUGCGAGCAUUUGGUACGAAGGUUUACCAGGGUUUCGAAGAAAAAGCAUUUCCGGGCAACUAAUUCAAGUAGCAAAAUUGAGUUGCAUGUUUCCAAUCUACAGCACGAUUUAUAUGAUUGCGCCAUCUUCUCAAAUAGGAAAAUUCUUGAAAAAACCGUUUGUCAAAUUUAUUUGCCAUUCAUCAAGCUAUGCAACAUUUUUACUUUUACUUGGAGCGGCCUCACAGCGCAUUGAAUAUUUGGCACUUGAAUUUAUUGGUACAAAUUGGUCGCUUGACAUUUUAGAAGAUUGGAGAGAACAUGAACGUGGCGCCAUUCCUGGUCCAACGGAUUCUUGCAUCAUAAUAUUUAUCAUAAGUUUGAUUUGGGGUGAAAUUAAUUCGCUGUAUUCAAGCGGCAUAGCUGAUUAUAUAGGUGAUCUAUGGAAUAUAAUCGAUUUUAUAUCGAAUACAUUUUAUGUUACAUGGAUUGGGCUUCGCAUCACUUCGUGGUAUGUUGUGCAAAGAGAUUUGUCACUCGGUGAAGAUCCAUGGUAUCCGCGCGAAGAAUGGGAUCCAUUCGAUCCAAUGUUAUUAUCUGAAGGUGUUUUUGCGGCUGGCAUGAUAUUUUCAUUUCUCAAAUUGGUGCAUAUAUUCUCCAUCAAUCCUCAUUUGGGACCAUUGCAAGUGUCACUCGGUCGAAUGAUAAUCGAUAUUAUCAAAUUUUUCUUCAUCUAUACAUUGGUUUUGUUUGCAUUCGGGUGUGGUUUAAAUCAAUUGCUCUGGUACUAUGCAGAUUUGGAGAAGAAGAAAUGCUAUCAUUUCUCAAAUUCGGAUAUUGCUGAUUUCGAUAAUAAUGAAAAAGCGUGCGGAAUUUGGAGACGUUUUGCCAACCUAUUCGAGACAUCUCAAUCAUUGUUUUGGGCAUCGUUCGGUCUUGUUGAUUUGAUGGCCUUUGAAUUACAGGGCAUUAAAAGUUUCACACGGUUUUGGGCGAUGUUAAUGUUUGGGUCGUACAGUGUAAUCAACAUAAUUGUGCUUCUAAACAUGUUGAUUGCUAUGAUGAGCAAUUCAUAUCAGAUAAUCUCGGAACGAUCAGAUAGCGAAUGGAAAUUUGCCCGUUCACAAUUGUGGAUGAGUUAUUUUGAAGAUGGAGGCACAUUACCGCCUCCGUUCAAUUUAUUUCCAACCACAAAACUAUUUCGUUUUGGCGAUGCUAGAAGAACAACCAAAAGUCUUAUCAAAAGGUCUCAAGAUAAAGCUAAAAAGCGUCAUGACAAUGUAAUGCGCUUAUUGGUACGUCGCUAUAUAACAGCCGAACAACGAAAGCGUGACGACUUCGGUAUUACCGAGGACGACGUUAUGGAGAUUCGUCAAGAUAUUAGCACACUACGAUUUGAAUUAAUUGAUAUUUUCAAUACGAACGGCAUGAAAACACCCAAUGUUAAUCCAAGCGAUGCACAAUUUGCUGGCAAAAAGGGCAAAAUGAUGGAACGUCGCAUAUUAAAAGAUUUCCAAAUUGGUAUUGUUGAAUCGAUCAGCGAAGCAGUGAAAAACGCAUCUGGCGACGUUUUUUCAUCGAUUGCUCAAGCAAUUAAUAAACGUUCCUUACAUAGAAACAAAAGCAAAAAGGAGGAUUGGAAUGCCAUUGUACGACAAAAUUCGGUUGUCAGAGAUCCGAUCGGAUCAACACGAAAUUCACUAACACGUCGCGAUAGGCGCAGUCUGCGACGUCGUAUUUUGGAAGAGGUCAAUCAAGGACUUAAAAUGAACACUCAAAAAAUUGUUGAAUACAAUCCAAAAUUGUCGGAAGCUAAACCAAGCACUCGAGUUGCAUAUGUUAAAUUUAUGGCGCCCACCAUGCGAAGAGAAAGUAAUGCCGAAAAUAAUACGGCAGAAGUGGAAUCAGGUGCAAAGCAACAAUUGCGUAAAUCAAUACUUCGAACGGUUUCAAAAACUAGCAUGGAUUCAAAACCACAAAGUGAACAAAAAGAAGAAUCGACAGAUGAUGGAAAACAAAUACAGGAACCCUCCGUUGAACAAAAAGUAGACAUAGAUAAGAAACCAGAAAACAAUAAAGAGAAAGUCGAAACAUCGACAUUGUCUGUCGAGUCAGAUAAUAGUACACAAUCAGAUAAUGUGGCGUCUGCCAUGACCAGCCGAGCAUAUUCACCAAUUAUUGAAGAUCCAAAUGAAAGAGAUAGCCGUCCACCAUCGACUGAUUUAGUUGAAAGUGGUGGUUCGCGAGCAUCUUUGCCAAUGACAUCAGCAUCACCAGUUCCAGACCAAUCUCGAACUAUGUCACCAAUAUCGGGUUCUUCACGAUCACGAACACCAGAUGCUUCUAUGCCAGAUAAAGCAAUAUCAUCCAAACCGACUUCGCCCACUCCGGUAGAACGGACAAAAGUCGAUGAAAAAGUUGACGAUACGAAAUCCACAGUUGAAGCAAAUACACCGCAACCAAUUUUCAAACCCCUUACAACGGAAAAGGGUAAAUCGAAAACAACUGGAAAAAGUAUUGGCGGUUGGAUUUAAAGGGGUAGACACAAAAAAGAAAACUAAAAAAAACUAAGAAAAAUUAAGACUUAUCAGGUCCUGCCAAUGUACACGUUAUAUGCAAUUUACUAAAAAAAAACUAAGAAAAAUUAGCAAUACUAAAGCCCGUAGUUAAUUCCACGAUUUAAAAUUAACAGUAAAUAUUAAUAAU